UUAUGCCCUGACAAGAAGGAAGGAAAGAAUGGCUUUUUUGGAUGAGCUGCGAGUGUGCCUUCCAGACGUGGACGAGAUCAUCAUCGGCGGAGAUUGGAACACAGUUCUGGACUCCCCGCCGGAUCAAAGAGAUCAAGGGUGCGCCAAGGACGUCCUCGCUCUGGUGGACAUGAUGCUGGACUUGGAUUUGCAGGAUGUGUACAGGGAGCUGCGACCAGCGGAACCGGGUUACACCUGGUUCUCGCACAGGAGGAAAGUCAGGAGACUGGAUUACCUGCUAGUGGGAGGGAGCUUGAAGAAGCAGGUGAUCAACGUGGAGGAGGCCAACAACCCGGUCUCGGAUCAUAAACCGGUAAUUGGGUUCUUCAAUCUUGCGAAAGAGUUCAAGAGAGGCAGGGGCUACUUUAAGCUUAACACGCAGAAUCUGCAGUGCGAAGGGUUAAACCAAUGGACACAAGGGUUCUGGGAACGGUGGCAAAAGCAAAAAGAGCGGUUUGCUACGGUAGCAGAGUGGUGGGAAGUGGGAUCAAGGAUUAUGUCGAAGCUGCUGGAUGUCUUCUCUAGGAUACUUGCGUUGACCAGGAACAAGGAAGAGAGGAAACUACGGAAGAAAGUACAGGAGGCAGAGGAGAAAAUGCAGAGACACCCUAUCUCUGAAUUGACGUGGGGAAAGGAGAGGGUCAGAAGGUUAGCUGAGUGGGAUGAGAAGCAACAAGAGAAAUCAGAUCUGUGGGCGGAAAGACUGAAGGUCAAGGGACUGGAAGUGUAUGAUAGGAUGUCCAGGGAAACCUUCCAGAAGUUAGCACCUGCAAGAACUACUCCGACACUAAAAGAGCUCAGACACCCUUUCGACUCCAGGGAACCAGUGGUGGUGGAACCAGAGGAGCUGUGCAAGUAUGCAGUACUGUACUAUCAAGACAUUCUAACGUCUAGAAGGCAGGGGGAAGGCGCAGAUGCGGAUCUAGCAGCCGACUCAGAUCACUGGAACAAUACGACAGUAAGGCUGCACACACGGGGACGCCUCGACCUGGACAGACCAAUUACGAAGGAGGAAGCAGAGGAGGCCCUGAAGGCCAUGGCAAAUGGGAAGACUCCAGGCAACGAUGGACUCCCGAUAGAGUUCUACCGACAACACUGGAAGGUGCUCGGAGACGACCUCGUGGAGAUCUAUAAUGAAAUGCAGAUGGGCGGGAAGCUACCGGACAGCGCUUGCAGAGGAAUAAUCUCUAUUCUAUUCAAGAAGGGGGAUACAAGUGAAAUACGGAAUUGGAGACCCAUCUCGCUCCUUAACGUAUCCUACAAAAUCCUCGCAAAGGUCUUAGCACGAAGAUUAGGUAGGUAUCUACCGAAUUUAGUGGAGGAUGGUCAGGCGGCUUUUGUUAGAGGCCGUUCUAUCUACGAGAACAUCGUCACGGCUGUGGAAGUGUUGGAGGUGGUUAGCCAGGAGGAUUUGGAUGUCAACGUCCUAUUACUGGAUAUGGAAAAGGCGUAUGACCGGAUCCUAGGCAUAGAUGUGGGGAAGCGUGCAUGCAAGGUAAAAGCGUUGGCGGAUGACCUGUUUGCGGUCUCAGCCAACACAGUAGAUUCGAUGUCAGCACUGCGUCACUGUCUGAGACAGUAUGAGGAGUUGUCGGAAGCGGCGAUAAAUUGGUCUAAGUCGGUUUUCCUCCUACCUCGGAAGUACUCCCCAGCGGUGGACUGGGGUAUGAAGCGGGUCCAGUGUGACAACUCCGAACCAUUCCUAGGAGUCCAAGUGGCACUCACCUCGUGCGCGCUCCGACAGGAAGAGAUUCUACAAAACAAGGUACUCCAGAGAACGACCGUGUGGGGGAAAGCCCCGCACCUAUCACUAUUCGGACGUGCCUUGGUGGCAAAUGUGGCACUCUUCGCUCUCCUCACCUUUGUGGGGAACGUGAGACCGCUAGGGAAGAAGAUACAGGCAGUGGUACGAAGGAAAGCCUCAACGUUCAUCUGGAAGCCCUAUGCGGAAGAAGGAGAGGGAGUGAUGUCUAAGGUAGCAUGGGAGUUGAUAUGCGCUCCUAGAAGGGAAGGGGGGCUGGGCAUGAUGGACCCAGGCAGGAGAAAUCUGGCUAUGCUGGCCAGAUGGGUUGUCAGAGCGAUUAUCACACAGAAUGAUAAGCACUGGAUCCUGUUGGGAGAACGCAUCCUGAGCAGGGAAUGGCAAUUGGUAAGGCAGUCGGACGUUUGGGCCUGCGUUUGGAUUGAGUCAUACCUCAGGAGUAAAUUGAAAUCUGAGUUCUGGCAAGCGGUCCUGCAAGCAUGGAGACGGGUGAAGCCGGACAUGCUCAGCGAUCCGCACACAAAGGAGGAAGUUUUAUCGCAGAUCAUUUUUGAGAACCAACGUAUCAGGGAUGAUAGAGGGAGGAUGCUGAUGGCGAACUCAACACCGGGCAGCUUUGGGAAGACGUGGAUAAAGCGGGGGGUGGUAAGAUUGAGAGAUCUUUGGAAUGAGUUUACAGGGGAUUGGCGAACAAGUGAGGAGCUAGAGAGCAUCCUAAGACCGGGUAGGAACAUCAGACAGAGGAGAAGUGUAGUGCUGGAGAGUAUUCCAGACGAGUGGAAACAGAUACUCUCUCCGGCAGUACCGAACCCGGUAGGUACUUGGUACGAAGUGAAGAAGGAGCAGGACCCAGAAGGGCCACAGCUUCGUGACUUCGUGAAACUGGUGGAACUUAGCGAGGAAGGUGGGAGGAAGUUCCAACAAUGGCAGUCGGAGGGUGCAGGAGUCAAACCGAGGCUAUGCGAGGAAGAGGAGCACUGCUCUCGGCCAGAAGGCACUUUAGUCGAAAUCAGGGUGAGGGAGACAGGCGGUUGGAUACUGGGUCAUCUGGACGGAAAGAAACGGAAUCCUCUUCGAAAGGAAGUCAAUGCCGGAACCCGAGAAGAGAGCACUGUUCAAACUGAUGAUAAGAAGGGUGAUGGCAGCAGACUGGAGGAGGAGAGUCCCGAAAGGAAGAAGGACCCGGUCAGACAGAAACUGGUUCACAGAAACGUGGGGUCAAGGUGGGAAACUGGGGGGGAGGGUAGAAGAUAGGGGGUAACUGUAGGAGAAAAACAGGAAAAUCAAAAGUGACUGGUUAG